AAUCCUUGACAUUCAUCCGGCACGACCUUUCAUAAAAAGUUAAGAACAAACUGAGUUUCUCCGUAAAAAUUGUUGCGUAAAUGUCAGCUUUUUUGCUUCCAGACACCACAUUCUAAUGCCGAAACAUGUGUAAGACAUACCACUUUAAUUUUGUUCAGCAUUACGCUUUGUGCACAACUUUCUCGAGCCUCAAAGUUAACCAAAAAAUCCAACAAUGUCCGCGUUACCUAUCACCACGAUGGCCAUCAGACGAUUACCCUACACAACGGCACGCAAGUCUACACACAGGACUCCAUAAAAGCGUUGAAAGAAAAAUGUCGUCAAAACCGGAACCUCACUGACCACGAAAAGCAGUGCUGUCUCUCGCUGGAAAUUCAAGGAGCCAGAGCGAAUGGGAUGUCAGUUAUUCAACAAGAAACUAAAAUUGUGCAUAUCGGUAACGAUGUUCAAAACGCUUUAUUUAAAGUACUAAGAGAGCAGAAGAACAGCCAUGACGUUAACGACGGACAGCGGGGCUUAUCUAUCCAAGAGCAGAACAAGAUUAAGGCUGAGCUUAACGCAUGCAAAAAGGAAAAGUCUCAGUGUGCAGAUAAUAUGGAGAAGGUCAACAUACAUGUCACAGCGAUAACUGCCGCGAAUGAGGCUAAAAACGAAGACUUCGAGCUUAUCAAAGAUGCUUUACAAAGACUAAAAACUGAAAAACAGUACCUCAAGCAUGAAAUUGAGGAACUAGAAAGACAGCAUAAUGUCAGCGAACGCAGACUGGAUGAAGCAAAUAAGGAACGUCAGGAGACUGAAAAACUACGCAGUGAGGAACAAAGUUCAGCACUGAACACGACCAUUCAACUCGCCGUAUGUCAAACGAAGAACAAAUAUGUCAACGACGAUCUAUCGGACUGCAGACGGGAUUAUUCUACUCUGAACACAGCCCUCGAAAAGGAACAGAAACAGCUGAAGGAGUGCAUAGAUGCACAAUCUGAAUUGCAGGUGUCGGUAUCGAAGAUCGGCACCAUGGCAGGUCAGCUACAACAGCUGCAAGGUCAGGUUAGGGAUGUACAUGACACAUUAGAGCAGUGCCAAAAACAACUGAAACACAAGGAUGCGCGGAUAGAACGCUGCGCAAAAACACAGCAAAAAUUGCGUGACUGUGAGAUGGAAAACGCACUUUGUAAAGAAAACAAGGCGCAAAACCCUGGCCAAUGGAGGGAUAAGUACUACAACUGCUCGAACCAGUUGGUAAAAGCAACAUUGAUGCUGCAACAUGCUGAAAUAUCACUAACUAACGCGGAAUCAAGGCUAAAUAAGUCUGAAAAAAAUAUCGAUGCCUGCGAAGGUGAAGCACGAACUCUGAGGACUGAUAAUGAGCACUUGAAGAGAGAAAACGAACGCCUAGCUCGUGAAGUGAAGGACUUGAAAAAACAUAACGCUGACUUGAAACACAAAGAAACGCUAUUAAAUAAAAAGUACAGCAACUGCACACAUGCUAAGCAACAGCUUCUUGAUUCUCUCCGAAAAAGCAAUGCCAGGUUACUUAAAGCAAUGGAAGACAAUUCAAAAUUGAAAAUUCAGUUACAGGAACAAACGCACAAAGCCUUUUCUGAAAAACAAGCUAAAGAAAACCUGCAGGGCGAAGCAGAGGCACUGCAGGAAGCGAAAACACAAUGUUUGAAGUUACGAGAUGAAGACAGAAAAGACAGCCAACAGAAAACUAAAGACCUCCAAGGGUGCAAAUAUGAUAUAAAACAAUGUGAUCUGAUGCUCAAAAUCGCCAAAAAUGCGAGCAAGGACUGCUCCAAAAAACCAACCACCAGUGAGCUAGACAACUGGAAGAGCCUUCAUCGCCAAUGUCAAUCAGAUAACAAAAAGCAAAAUAAACGCAAUGCCGAGCUGACCGCAGAAAACAGUGAACUGCAGGACCAAUCUGCAGCGUGUAAGAAAACGCUUGCUUCAUCAAAAGCCAACAUCGAAGCUUGUCGUCAAACCAAUGAAAAGCUCAGCCACGCACUCAAAGACACGUCUGCCAAGCGUGCCAGUCUCAUGGAGGAAACAAAACGAUUAGCUCUGGAUAGCGCCGACUGCAAAGUUAAACUGUCUAGAGCAUUAGCAGCCUUAAACAUAUGCAAUGCGUCUCGUGCGGCCACACAAAACGCCAAAGACCGCUGCUCCGCCGAACUGGGAGUGGCGAAAGGAAAGCUGGGAUAUCUAGAAGCUAAGAGUAAUCGCAUGGAAGGGACCUUAAAAAACAAGACGGGAGAGCUGAAGCAUUGUCAGGAAACGCUUGAGAAAGCGAGGUCACUGCUGAGCAGAUCAGAAGGCAAAGCGGCCUCUUGCAAAAAUGCGUUACACGACACCAUGGGUAUAAAGGCAAUUUUGGAACAGGAAAUUGCCAAAUGCAAGCAAAACAAAACAGUCAAAAAGGCUGACUUACACAAAUGGAAGGAGCUUCUCGACGAAUGUGCCGAACAAAAGGUACAGCUACAACAUACCCUUGAUAAUUUGAAAGAUGAUUGUAAAAGCAAAAAGGAGAAGAAGCGCGCUGACGCCCUCAGCGCUCAACUGCGUCAAUGUCAAACGAAAAAGGCAGAGGUAACACAGGAAAGAGACCAAUGCGGCAUGAAACAAGCCCAAUGCCACUACAAUCUCACCCAGGCAGUCGCCGCAAAAACACAAUGCGACGCAGAGCUGACCAAGUGUUGCAAACAGCUUGAGGCCCAAAAACGACAAACAGAAUCUACUGGUCGACUCCUAAACACAUGCACUAAAGAUCUCGACAAAUGUAGAAACCCGGUGCAUACGUGUCCCAAAGCAACCCAUGGUGAGCAGUAUUGGCAAUCCCGUAGAAAUAGUAAGGAGGAGGGCUGCAUAAUGCUAUCGAAAACAAUCAAAGAUGGCCUGGCCAUGCACGAAUUCUGUAACGAGCAAAACGGGACGAUGCUUCGCAUUUCCACCGUGGAGGAACUAUCAUUCGCAUCCAGUUUUUCAACAGUACGACAUCAGACUGGAAAGUUCUUAGUAGACCCAAGCAGAUACCUUGUGCGCCAACUUGGAAUGGAUGUUAGCCAGUACGGCCACGACGAGACCGUGUGCUACACAGUAGACAACGAAGCUGCGGACAAGCCGCUGAAGCAGCAGCUGUCGCACGAGAAGUGCUCGGAGGGGAAAUUUGGCGCCAUAUGCUGGUCAAGCUUCGAGACCCAGGCACCCGACGAAAGAGACAACUUUGAGUUCCGUUAAUGUACUUGCAAGCAUCUUCCACCCAACACGUCGACCUCAGCGCGAGCUUAAAGAACAAAUAUAACGCAAGUCUCGCAAAGAAAUGUACUUAUAACAAAAAUGCACUGUAAAUUAUAGAAGUCCAACAUGUUAUCGACGCAUGAGGUGUGCAAUAGCUAAUGAAAUAAAAAUGCAUGUCUGAAC